UUCAAGCUUGUCAUUUCAUUUGAUAAUUUGACCUACGCUGCGAGUUUUGCUACUAAUUUCGUAUUUUAAAUUAAUUAAAAUCCAUUUUGAUUUCAUAUUUGGUGAAAUUUGGAAUCCAGAAACUGAUCAGUUCCUACGAUGUCGUGCUCUGCUGGUAAACAUAACGUUUUGAGAACGAUUGUGAAACGGAGCUACGCUUCUCAACCAACGCCGAAAAAUGCUGUUAUCAAUUCCGAACUGAAAGCUAGCACAUCAACCAAAGGUUCUCGUUUAAUCGCUUUGAAUAAAAAUAGUCCUCUGUUGAAAGUAACACUCUCGUACAAAGUCGGACCUCGUUACGAAACGCCCGAAUACUUGGGUAUUACUCAUUUGAUCAGGGCAUUUACCGGAUUAUCUACCAAAAAUUUCACCCCAUUCAAUAUUCAUAGAAAUCUGCAACAAUACGGUAUCAAUCUUUACGCUACUUCUGAUCGGGAGUCUUUGUCUUAUACCGUCGAAACAAAUCAAGAACAACUGGAUAAGGCACUGAAUUAUCUUACCGACGUUGCUUCGUAUCCGGCGUUCAAACCGUGGGAAUUGAAAGAUUACCGUCACAAGGUGUUGACGGAAUUAUCUGCCAUCAGUCCGGAAGCCAAAGUAGUCGAUUUAUUGCACCAAGCAGCCUAUAGUAACGGCUUGAAAAAUUCCUUAUUUUGCGAUGAAAGUCGUAUUGGAAAUUUCUCUUUCGAAGAUUUCUUACAGUACUUCGAUGAUAACUUCACUUACCCGAGAUUUCAAGUGACUUCGAACGGUUUAGAUUUGAGUUUCUUAGAAGAAUACAUUACCGCUAUCGAGUUGUCUGAAACCGGCGGACCUUCGGUUACAAAAUCCAAGUACCUUGGUAACGAAGCGAGAUUAGCAAACUAUCAAGAAAAUGUUGCCUACAUCGUUGUCGCUGGUGAAAGUCCAGGUGUGACGCAGAAAGAGUACUUGGCGUACGCGGUUUUGAAGAACAUUUACGGCACUCCGGUACCCAUUAAGUACGGAAAUAGUCACGGAAUUUUGUCCAAAGCUUUGAGCAAAGCUAAUUUGGCGGCUGGCGUAAUCGGUUUCAACGCGACGUAUUCGGAUUCCGGUCUUACUGGAUUCUUUAUGAUCACUGAUCCGGAUAAUGCGGCUGCGGCUUUGAAAACCGUGUAUACCGAAUUUUCGAAAGCCAAUAUUACCGACAGCGAUGUAAAACGAGGAAAGGCCUUAUUGAAAAACGAUUUGUUGAGAAGUGCCGAAUGCAGCAAUAUCGUCGAUUACAUUGCCAAACAAGUAGCGUUAGACGCAGUAACUACCCCAGAUCAAGUGGCUGCUGCCAUCGAAUCUGUAACCACAGCCGACGUACAGCAGGCGGCUAAAAAAUUAGCAUCUAGCAAAGUAGCUUCCGCGUAUUACGGACACAUCGCUUCAUCGCCAUCUUUGAAUGAUUUAUAAGCCGAGUACAUAAGUCCAACUUCGUAUAGUUGUAUGUUAAUAUUGUUGUGUAAUGAAAUAUAUUUUUUAUUCUAAGUAA